AUGACACCUCUAGCUUAUAGAGCAUUUAAGCACCGCGCUGGUUUCCUGGACCUUGCAGGAGAGAUCCGCAACCAAAUCUACGAGCUCGUGAUGCUGAAUGCAGAAAGGGCCAUCGAUAUGGUCACUCUGGUCCACUACCCGCGAGAGGUGUUCUCGCCUCAAACACUUGGCUACCGCGGUCUCACUCAAACCUGCCGCCAGGUCCGCCGGGAAUUCCUGCCUCUCUACAAUAAGCGCAAUGUAUACGUCGAAAUCGAUAUCAGGGAUAUUACGCGCUUCGUCAACACAUUCUACCACCCCAAGGAUUUGGAGAGGCUCAAAAAGACGAGUGGAAGCAUUGAAAUCAGCCUAGAUCGUGAGAUGACCAAUCCUCGCGUCGACCUAUCCGACGAACUGGACUUGCUCCCGCUCUUGAGACUGCUCAUCAAGGUGCCUCAUCUACACGCCCGACUGGUUGCUACAACAUACAUCCACGAAGAUGGUGUACCCCGGUUCAUCCACGAUUUGGGCACACUUUUUCGCCUUGUAAAGACCGACAAGAAGAUGUUAUAUCAUAUUCUACACUCGAUGCAACGGCUUGUGCUCAAACCCCUUCCAUCUCGAGAACCGGAGGCACCACGACCAGAGCUUGAGAUGUGGUUGGCAGCAGUACCAACGGGUCGGGAUAUCGCAUUGCAGAAGAUGAUUGCUCGAGAUACUGGCUUUUCGGAUCUCAAAGCGUUGGCCAUCUCCUUUCCUUACUUUUAUACGACUACGAGAUGA